AUGCUCGUCUUAUCUGGAAAUCUCUCUCUUUCUACGUUCAAGGAGAAGGUCCUUUUGAAAACUAUUCAAACUCAUGUCCCAGAAAUUGAGUCCGUGACCGCAGUUUAUGUGCACUUUGUGCAACCACUCAACGAGGAAGCGUCGACUAUUCUGAGCGAUCCGGAAUCCGCCCAAAGAAAAAUUCUUGACGAUUUACUACGCUAUGGAAUUUCCGAUAAUACUACAGAAAUUACAGAACAAAAUUGUGCUGAUAAUAUUGAAAAAAUCAAAAGGUUGCUAACAUCACCAAGUGAUUCAGCGUCCGAACCUCAUUUUUUCCUUACGAUACCUCGACCAGGAACUAUAUCACCAUGGUCGUCAAAAGCUACGAAUAUCGCACACAUGUGUAACUUGGAACAUCACGUAGAACGUAUAGAGCGAGGUGUAGCUUAUUUAUUAGGAACAAAAAAUUCGAUCGAUAUGCGCCAUAUUAUAUCCGAAAAAUUUGUAUCAUUUGACCAUCAUUUGCAUGAUCGUAUGACACAAAUUAUUGUAAGACAUGUUCCAGCUUCUGAAACCAUAUUCAAACAUGGAAUCCCAGCAUCGUUGAAGUCUAUAGAUCUGAUCGAACACGACCAUCUCAAUAUCGCAAAAGAGAGGUUGACCGCAUGGAGCAAGAAACUUGGGCUAGCAUUGAAUGAUGAUGAGAUUGAUUAUCUUUUAGACGCAUAUGUAAGCGGUGAUUCGAACCAUUGUUUGGGCAGAAAUCCGACCGAUGUUGAACUUUUCAUGUUCGCACAAGUAAACUCGGAACAUUGUCGGCACAAAAUUUUUAAUGCAGACUGGACAAUCGACGGUGAAAGGAAGCCACAUUCAUUAUUUAACAUGAUAAAAAAUACACACAAAACUCACCCAGAACGUACAAUUUCCGCUUAUUCUGAUAAUGCGGCAGUUUUACAGGGGUUUAGGGCUACUAGGUUCGCUCCUGAUUGUAACAAUCAGUUUGAAUACAUAUUAUGUGAAGAGGAUGUGCAUAUUAUUGCAAAGGUAGAAACGCACAAUCACCCAACGGCAGUAUCUCCCUUUCCUGGUGCUGCUACAGGAUCCGGUGGAGAAAUUCGAGAUGAAGGAUCCGUGGGACAAGGUUCAAAACCAAAGGCCGGUUUAACGGGUUUCAGUGUAUCAAAUCUUCUGAUACCUGGAUUUGUUCAACCCUGGGAAGUUGAUUUUGGAAAACCGUAUCAUAUCGCAUCUGCCUUAGACAUAAUGAUUGAAGCACCUCUAGGAAGCGCGGCUUUCAACAAUGAAUUUGGUCGACCCAACAUUACGGGAUAUUUUCGCACCUUCAUUCAACAAGUUCCAACAUCUGACGGAAAAAGUGAAAUUCGUGGGUAUCACAAACCCAUCAUGAUUGCUGGAGGGGUUGGAUCUAUCAGGCCAAAUCACGUGUUUAAGAAGAGAAUUACACCUGGCGCGCACCUAUUUGUGUUAGGCGGACCCGCGAUGUUAAUUGGUCUUGGUGGCGGGGCCGCUUCAUCUAUGGCUAGUGGUUCUAGCACGGUCUCCCUAGAUUUUGCAUCCGUGCAACGCGAUAAUGCUGAAAUGCAACGUCGUUGUCAGCAAGUCAUUGAUGCUUGCACUUCGUUAGGUGAUGCCAACCCUAUUCAAUCGAUCCAUGAUGUUGGCGCUGGUGGAUUAUCCAAUGCAUUGCCUGAAAUUGUGCAUGAUAGUGAGUUGGGAUGCACCAUAAGAUUACGAGACAUUCCCAAUGCUGAUCCCAGUAUGUCACCAAUGGAGAUUUGGUGUAAUGAAGCCCAAGAAAGAUAUGUGUUGGCAGUGGCUCCGGAAAACAUUAAAAUAUUUGAAGAUAUAUGUGCUCGUGAAAGAUGCAUUUACGCAGACGUCGGAGUAACCACGGAAAAUCAAAAUUUGAUACUACAGGAUUCAUUAUUGAAUUUCACUCCUAUUAACAUACCAAUGUCCAUCUUAUUCGGCAAACCACCGAAGAUGUCUCGAAAGACAAAAACAGUAGAGCCAACGUGUAUACCUUUUGACACCAGUCUGAAAACUUAUCUUAAUAUUGAUAAUCAAUCAGAUAUACUUAGAGAUGCGGUAUUCCGAAUAAUUCGCCUACCUACUGUGGCUUCGAAAUCCUUUUUAAUAACCAUAGGUGACCGUAGUAUUACUGGAUUAGUCGCUCGCGAUCAAAUGAUUGGUCCAUGGCAAGUACCUGUUGCCGAUGUUGCCGUCACAAUGUCGUCAUACGGUGUCGGUAUUGUCACCGGAGAAGCCAUGGCUAUGGGGGAGCGAACUCCAAUUGCACUAAUUUCACAAGCCGCGUCCGCACGAAUGGCCGUUGCAGAGAUGAUCACUAAUAUUGCGGCCGCGAAUAUUGAAUCGAUUUCUCACAUACGCAUUAGUGCGAAUUGGAUGUGUGCCGCAAAUCAUGAUGGUGAAGGGUCUGGACUAUACGAAGCCGCAAAGGCAAUUGGCCUGGAUCUUUGUCCUGCUUUGGGAAUCAGCAUUCCAGUCGGAAAAGAUUCGAUGUCGAUGAAAAUGAAGUGGCAAGAAGAAAAUGAUAUACGGGAGGUCACGGCUCCUUUGAGUUUAAUUAUUUCGGGAUUCGCACCUGUGACCAAUGUUCACAAAACCUUAACCCCUCAAUUAAGGACGGACACCAAAGAAAAGACUAUUCUGGUGUUCUUAGACUUGGCAAAUGGCAGACAAAGAAUUGGUGGUUCAGCUAUAACACAAGUUUAUCAGCAGGUUGGAGACGAGGCACCGGACGUGGAAAAUACAGAAGUUAUAAAAGCGUUCUUCCAGGGCAUUCAAGCUGCAAAUGAUUUCAUCUUAGCUUAUCAUGACAGGUCAGAUGGUGGUCUGUUUGUCACUAUUGCUGAGAUGUCAUUUGCUGGUCAUGUAGGAGUUAAUAUAAAUCUAGAGAGUAUCAUUCAAAACAAUGAUUUCGUCAGGGCUCUUUUUAACGAAGAGCUUGGUGCCGUGAUACAGAUCAAUGAACAAAACCUCGGAAGGGUAAAACAAAUAUUUAAAGAAUCUGGUUUUCCCCUUAAUCAGAUGCACAACAUUGCUGAGGUAACCAAUGAGAUUCAAGACAUCGUGAUUAAUUUGGGCAACCAUGAGUUGUUCAAAAUUUCGCGAGUCGAACUGCAACGUAUGUGGUCCGAAACCUCUUUCCGUAUGCAAUCUCUACGUGAUAAUAGUGUGUGUGCACAGGAAGAAUUUGAUAGUAUAUUGGAUACCAAUGAUCCCGGUUUACAAUAUGCGCUGACAUACGAUCCUUCCGAAGAUGUUACUUUGCCAUUCCUAAAAUCACCAGAGUCACCAAAGCCAAAAGUAGCGAUACUUCGUGAACAAGGAGUCAAUGGUCAUACAGAAAUGGCUUUUGCAUUUCAUCUUGCUGGGUUUUCCGCGAUAGAUGUUCACAUGUCGGAUAUCAUUGCGGGCAAAAUAACGUUAAAGGAUUUUACAGGUCUAGUUGCCUGUGGCGGAUUUUCCUAUGGUGACGUACUUGGAGCAGGUUCUGGCUGGGCCAAGUCUGUGUUAUUACAUCCAAAUUCUCGAAGGGAAUUUUCGGAAUUUUUCAAGGAUCGUCAAGACACGUUCGCAUUGGGUGUAUGUAACGGAUGUCAAUUUAUGAGUCAAUUAAAAGAAUUGAUUCCCGGCACGGAAGAUUGGCCAUUAUUCAAAAAAAACAAAUGUGAACAAUUUGAAUCGAGAACCAGCUUGGUAGAAAUUAUUUCAAAAUCAAAUAAUUGUAAUCCCUCGAACAAUACCACAGCAUCGAAACCUUCGAUCUUUUUAACGGGAAUGCAUUCGUCUAUAUUCCCAAUUGCUGUUGCUCAUGGUGAAGGCAGGGCGGAAUUCUCCAGUGAAGAACAGUUAAAACGAUUACUGUCAAAAGACCUUGUUGCACUACGAUAUGUUGAUAAUUAUAAAAAGCCGACAGAAAUUUAUCCGUUUAAUCCGAAUGGUAGUCCACUUGGGAUAACGGGGGUGCAGACUCCGAACGGAAGAGUGCUGGCCAUGAUGCCGCACCCGGAACGAGUUUUGCUCAAGGAAUCAUUAUCGUGGUAUCCGGAAGAUCAAGGAAAAAGUUGGGGCGAAGUGGGACCAUGGCUGAGAAUGUUUAGAAACGCUAGAGUUUGGGUUG